AUGACUGAUAAUUUGGAUUCAGUUGCGAUUUUGGGCAUUGAAUGGCACCCAAGUGAAGAUUUCUACUCAAUUAAAAUCAACAUAGAGUCGUUCGAAUCAUCUGCCAUCACCAAGAGAAUCAUUUUGUCCUUCAUCUCGCGCACAUUCGAUCCAUUGGGAUUGGUUGCUCCCGUACUUAUUCGUGGAAAAUUGCUUCUAAAAACUGUAUGGUUAGAAGGAAAAGAUUGGGAUGAUGUCGUCUCAACAGAAACUGCUCGACGAUUUGAAUCGUAUAUGAAAGAAUUACCUGUUUUGAACACAAUAAAAAUUCCUCGUUACAUAUUCGGAGCGUUACAAAUCGAACUCGUCGGUUUUUGUGAUGCUAGUGAUCGAGCGUAUUGUGCUGUCGUGUAUGUGCGCGUAAAAAAUGAAAAUAAUUCGGUCGUGUGUCGCUUAGUUGCCUCGAAAAGUCGUGUCGCGCCUAUUAAAGAAUUGACUAUCCCAAAAUUAGAGCUUCAAGCUUGCAAAUUACUCGUUGAUUUGAUGGCUCGAAUUGCCAAUAAUUUAAAAAUCCCUCAUCAUCUAACAUUUGCCUUCUCAGAUUCUACAGUUGCUCUUUGUUGGUUGAGUAAGCCGCCAGAUGUGUGGAAAACCUUCGUGUCCAAUCGAGUGAAGGAUGUGACCAAGGUGAUUCCCUUCCAGCAGUGGGCUUACGUCAAAAGCGCAGAAAAUCCAGCCGAUGACGCGACUCGAGGUCUGGAGGUUCCUGAUUUCAUCAAAAAUUCUCGCUGGUUCGAUGGUCCAGAUUUCUUAAAAUAUGGAAAUUAUUGUAAUUACUAUCCAAUUCCUAACGUAAAUACUCAUGAAGCGCUUGAACGCCGAAAAGCAGUAGUUCUUUGCACAGUUGUUUUAUAUGAUUUUACCUUACGUUUUUCGUCUUAUUUGAGAUUAAUUCGUUCAAUUGCUUUUGGACUUCGUUUAAAAUCCUUCAGAUUAAAUAAUUCUCAAAGUAAUAAUCCAAAAAUUCUGAAAACAGUCAAAGAUGUAGCUCCUCUGCUCAAUAGUGAAAUUGAGGAAAGUUUUAACGUAAUUAUUCGUUUUGUUCAAGAAAUUUCAUUUAGUAAUGAAAUAGAUCGAUUAAAAAAUAAACGUCCGCUUAAAAAUCGCAGCUCAUUGCUGACACUGGAACCAUUCCUUGAUAAAGAUGGAAUUCUACGAGUCGGUGGUCGUUUGUCAAACUCUUCGCUUGCUGAUCAAACCAAACAUCCAAUCAUCUUGCAGUCAAAUUGCCAUUUUGCCAAGCUGUACUGUCGCCUUAUCCAUGAAAAAUAUUUCCAUGCAAGGAGAAAAUUCAUUGCUACGUUCGUGUCCUAUCGAUUUUGGUUUGUUGGUGGCGUUACAAACCUGAUAAAAUUCAUAAUUCGUUCAUGUGUAACUUGCAAUACUCUGAAGGGUGUUACUGCUGAACAAUUGAUGGGUGACUUGCCUAGUCACAGAAUCACGAUUGCGCCGCCAUUCACAUACGUGGGAGUUGAUUUCGCCGGUCCUUUCCAAUGUAAAUGUACGGAGCACAGAUCAACAAAAUACAAUCAAAUUUAUGCCGCUGUAUUCGUUUGCCUAACUGUCAGAGCUGUCCAUAUCGAAAUUGUUUCUGGUUUAUCAACAGAAAAGUUCAUCUUAGCACUUCAAACCUUUGUUGCUCGACGUGGUUUGCCAUCGGUCAUGUUCUCGGAUAAUGCAACCAAUUUUGUCGGCACCAAGAACGUUUUCGAGUUGAACAAAAAUCAAGUUACUGAAUAUGCAACUUCAGAAAAUAUUCAAUGGCGUUUCAUUCCGCCUGCUUCUCCUCACCAUGGUGGUAUAUGGGAGGCAGCCGUGAAAAGUUUCAAACAACAUUUGAUAUCCAUAACCCGAGGAAAUAUCCUGAACAUUGAGGAAUACCGAACCUUAUUCACUCGUAUUGAAGGUGUUAUGAAUUCUCGUCCUCUCUGCUACAAAAACUCGAUAGAGCAGGGUACCGAAAUCAUCACGCCUAGCCAUUUCCUGAUUGGCCGAAGCACCUUCUCGAUUCCGGCUAUCGAUACUGAAGUUGUUACGCUGAGUCGCAGAUUGCAGUUGAUGCAAAACAUUUUUAAGGGUUUCUGGCUGGUUUGGUCGGGUGUUGUAAAAAAUGUGUAUCCUGAUAAAAAGGGAGUUGUAAGAGUCGUUGAUGUGGAAUUUAAAGGUGAAAUUCGCCAACGCAGCAUCAAUAAUAUUGUAAUUCUACCUAUCGAUAGCAUUAACGAUGAUUAG